AUAACAGAAAACAAGAAUAUACUGACACUAGUCACAUGCCCGUGAUGUGAGUCACAUGAUUUGGCUAAACAAGAACUGCUUGGAAAAUGGCAGCGUUCUUACAGUGGAGACGAUUUGUGUUUUUCGAUAAAGAAACGGUGAAAGAUCCGAGUGAAAAUGGGAAAAAUUUCCAACUACCGGUGGGAAUAGCGGCCUGUGAUUCAGGUCGAGGACACAUUGUGCUUGGAGAUAUGGAUGGGCAGAUUUGGUUUUUGACCCGCUCCCUGCAGCUAUCCAGCUUUCAGGCUUAUAAGCUGCGCGUGACACACCUGUACCAGCUGAAACAACACAACAUCCUGGUGUCUGUGGGUCAGGACGAGCCUGGCAUCAAUCCUCUGGUGAAGGUGUGGAACCUUGAUAAGAAGGACAGCGGCAGUCCUCUGUGUACCCGGAUAUUCCCUGCCAUACCUGGAAACAAACCCACUGAAGUGUCUUGUCUCAGUGUACAUGAAACCCUUAAUUUCAUGGCUAUAGGUUUUACAGAUGGCAGUGUUGUGCUGACGAAGGGUGACAUCACCAGAGACAGACACAGUAAAACACUCAGCCUCCAUGAGGGCAGCUGUCCAAUCACAGGCCUGGCUUUCCGACAGGCUGGCAAAGUCACACACCUGUUUGUCGCCACUCUAGAAAAAGUGCAGUGUUACACAUUAUCAGUGAAAGAGUACCCUCGUAUAGAACUGGACACGCACGGCUGCGCCCUCCGCUGCUCGGCGCUCACAGACCCCUCGCAGGACUCGCAGUUCAUAGUGGCUGGAGAUGACUGUGUGUAUUUGUACCAGCCUGAUGAGAGAGGGCCCUGUUUUGCUUUCGAUGGGCACAAGCUUCUUACUCACUGGCACAGAGGCUACCUGCUGCAGCUCACACACAAUAACAAGUCACCCAGCAAAUCUGAUUAUGGUAGCAGACAGACAUCCCCUUCAGAAAAACACAUCUUGAACAUUUAUGACCUGGACAACAAGUUUAUCGCUUACAGUGCGGCGUUUGAUGAUGUCAUUGACGUUCUGGCAGAAUGGGGCUCUUUUUAUGUCCUAACGAGAGACAGAACACUGUAUAUGCUGCAAGAAAAAGACACACAGACCAAGCUAGAGAUGCUGUUUAAGAAGAACCUGUUUGUGAUGGCCAUUAACUUGGCUAAAAGUCAACAUCUGGACAAUGAUGGUCUGUCUGAGAUAUUCAGACAGUAUGGAGACCAUCUCUACGUCAAAGGGGAUCAUGAUGGAGCUAUCCAGCAGUAUAUUCGCACCAUUGGGAAGCUUGAGCCCUCAUACGUAAUCCGUAAAUUUUUGGAUGCACAGAGGAUACAUAACUUGACAGCAUACCUACAGGCCCUCCACAGGCAGUCGCUGGCCAACGCUGACCACACUACUCUACUGCUCAACUGUUACACCAAACUGAAGGACAGCUCCAAGCUGGAAGAGUUCAUAAAGAGCAAUGAAAGUGAGGUGCAUUUCGAUGUUGAAAUUGCGAUCAAGGUGUUACGUCAGGCUGGUUAUCACAGUCAUGCCGUUUUUCUGGCAGAGAGACACAUGCACCAUGAAUGGUAUCUAAAGAUCCAGCUAGAGGAUUUGAAGAAUUAUCAGGAGGCUUUACGCUACAUAGGACGGUUACCAUUUGAUCAGGCAGAGAGUAAUAUGAAGCGUUACGGUAAAAUUCUAAUGCACCAUGUGCCUGAGAGUUCCACCAUCCUCUUAAAACGCCUGUGCACUGACUAUCACCCUAACAAAGACUCAGCCGACAGGGACAGUCUGGACAGGCCUGCGGAAAACAAGGCCAAUCCAGAAGAGUUCAUCCCAGUCUUUGCCAAUAACCCACGAGAGCUGCGAGCGUUCCUGGAACACAUGAUCGAGGUGGAUCCGUUCUCACCUGAGGGAGUUUAUGACACACUGCUAGAGCUCAGACUGCAGGACUGGGCACAUGAGCAGGACCCAGGGAAGAAGAAAGUCCUGCAGGAGGCAGCACUGUCCCUGCUGAGGAGCGACAACACUGUGUUUGACAAAGCCCUGGUGCUCUGCCAGAUGCACAACUUCAAGGAAGGAGUGCUGUAUCUGUAUGAAAAGGGCAAACUGUACCAGCAGAUCAUGCACUACCACAUGCAGAAUGAGGAGUACGGGAAAGUCGUGGAGGCCUGUAAACGCUAUGGGGACAGUGAGGUGUGUUUGUGGGAACAGGCUCUGGGUUACUUUGCACGCAAAGAAGAGAACUGCAAGGCUUACAUUAGUGAAGUUCUGCAGCACAUUGAUGAAAAUAACUUGAUGCCUCCACUUCUGGUGGUGCAGACUUUGGCUCAUAAUUCCACAGCAUCGCUGUCAGUCAUAAAAGACUACCUGAUAAAUAAACUAGAGCGGGAGACCCAGCAGAUUGAGGAAGAUGAAAGGAAGAUUCGACAGUAUAGAGAGGAGACGGCCCAUCUUCGCGCUGAGAUACAGGAACUUAAAACGUGUGCAAAGAUCUUCCAGAAGACCAAGUGCAGCAUGUGCAACAGCCCGCUAGAGCUGCCAUCUGUGCACUUCCUGUGUGGCCACUCUUUCCAUCAGCAUAUUUGGGUUUAG